CCACUAUUUAAAUCACCUGUGCUGGGGCAUUGAAUCCAAAACCUACAGAGCAGGGUGACUGACUCCGUAGGGGAAGGCUCUGUUACUACUACUCUUUAAUCCUUUGACUUAUUGGUGACAGCUGAAAAGCUGUUGUUGUCAGAUCACCCAUGCUUGGCAAGCUCCACACAGACUUGUUGAUCACUGUAGCUCUAAUCUUUUUGGCUCGUUUGGACUGUAUGUGCAGAGCUGAAAAUGAUUUGUCUUUGGUAAAAUUACCAGGGUGGAAGGACACCUCAGAUUAUGUUGGCCGGUGUUUCUACAGCCAACAUGGGAAUCUGACUUGUGACUGGACAAGCAGCCAAGCAGGAGAUGUUACAAUGGAAAUACUGGCAAGCCAUCCACUGACUAUCACUGGCAAGGCUUGCUUGGAGUUCUGGCAUCUGGCUUCAGGCGUUUCUAGUGGUGCUACAUUACGUGCUUUGCUCAAAAGUGGCUUGAGGCAAGUGGAAAUCUGGACUUCUCCUCCGCUCCCCAGAGAUGCAUGGAGACAAGUCUCAGUGCCCCUGAACCUCACCGAACCAGGCACUCAGGUCAUAUUUGAAGCUGUCCAUCCACUGACUGUAGAUCAGACUACAUUAAAACAGAUUGGCAUAAGAAGGGGAUCAUGUAGAAACCAGUGUGACUCAAACACUGACCUGUGGACUGGUGAUUCAACACGCUGCCUGUGCUCAGUUGGGCAGCUGUUCUGCUUUCUCUCUCAUUGCCCUAAGGGCCAAAUAUGUGGUCCUCAAAGAGAUGAACCCAGGAAACUUUCCCCUUCGGGCAUGUGCACUAUUCACAGCAACACGGAUUGUCACACCUUUGAUGGUGCAUUGUUCCGCUUCACUUCCCCCUGCACAUAUGUACUGGCCAAAACGUAUUCAGCAUCUGAAGCUCUGCCAAAAUUCGCAGUUGAGGUAGUCAACAUACAAACAGGCAAUGUGUCGCAGCCUACCAUACAGCAAAUCAAUGUAAACCUGGGGAAUAUGAGGGUAUCCUUGCUAAAGAGUCAGACUCACUGGGUUGUGGUGAAUGGCAUCUGGCGAGAGCUUCCACUAAACCUGAACAACAAUACAAUCCAUAUUGAGAGCAACGCUGCUGCCAUAGUAGUGGGAAGCAGUUCUGGAGUAUCUGUUUCCUUUGACAAUACUGGGGCUCUUCAGCUCAGAAUUCCAUUACAAUAUUCUGAUAGGGUUUGUGGCUUGUGUGGGAACUUUAAUCAGCUCCCAGGAGACGACUUGCUCAAGCCUGAUGGCACAAAAGCUGAAAGCGCCACAGCUUUGGCUGAGAGUUGGCAAACUGGGGGAAAUGUCUCCUCCUGUGAAGCCAUUCCAGUACCGCAACAGUGUAACCCACAGGAUGAGGCUCAUUAUAGCAGUGAGAAUUACUGUGGACUCCUUCGUUCUGGCUCUGGGCCCUUUGCAUCCUGUCUGCCAGAUGUAGGUGCAGAGAGCUAUUUCCAUGCUUGUUUACUUGGCUUGUGUUCUGCUCGUGGUGAUCAAAAAGUACUAUGUGAAGCAUUGAAAGCCUAUGCAGAUGUCUGCCAAGAGGUUGGAAUUGCCAUACCCACAUGGAGGAACUCUACUUUCUGCUCGUUCGAGUGUGGCGAGAACAGCCAUUAUAAUUCAUGUGCUGAUGGCUGUCCAGAGGUGUGCCCCGGUCUAGAUCAAAUGGGUUUAUGUGGUAGCUGUGAGGAAAGAUGUGAGUGCGACCCUGGGUUCAAGCUCGGUGGGGAUAAGUGUGUCCCAGCAGAGCAUUGUGGGUGCUGGUAUAAUGGAAAACACUAUGAGAGAGGGGGAAUGACUGUGGAAGCAGACUGUGUGCAACAGUGCCGAUGCAUUGGCAAUGAUACCAUGCAAUGCACUGCCAUGACGUGUGCAAGUGAUGAAGUUUGUAAAGAAAAAUAUGGCAUCAAAGGCUGCUUCCCGUUCAAACCUGCCACUUGUAGUGUGUAUGGCGAUCCACAUUAUGUUACCUUUGACAAACUGGCUUACAGUUUUCAAGGAGGCUGUGCUUACACUCUCACUACAACAUGUGGCAGGCACAGCACAGUUCAGUUCACUGUAAUUGGCUUCAACAUCCACCCUGCUGGACAAAAUUUUACUAGAGCUAAACUUGAAGCUGUGGUUCUUCAGCUUGAUGGACUGGAUCUCACCUUGAAUCAGAGCGGCCAAGUUAAUGUCCGUGGUGUCUCUGUCAGACUUCCUUAUUCAACCAAUGGGUCAUAUGGCUCAGUGUGGAUCUAUGUGAAGAAGGAUUACACCAUUCUGGAGACUACCUUUGGCUUGAAAUUGUGGAUAGAUGGACACAGCAGGUUAUUCUUGCAAGUGGAUGAACGUUACAAAUAUGAACUCUGUGGUCUGUGUGGCACCUACUCUGGAUAUCAGGAGGAUGACUUCAUGAUGCCGGGAGGCCAAAUUGCCUCUGAAUCAUUUGAAUUUGGUGACAGCUGGAGAACUCAUACUAAUGAAGAAUGCAUGGCCCAUCCAAAUGAUCCUAGAGAAUGCGACAAUGAUGGGACUGUGGCCAAUGAGGAAUGUUCCAUGGUGUUUCAUGGGGCCUUUGAGGCCUGCCAUGAGUACGUUCACCCAAGCAUCUACUUUAGCAGUUGCGUAUAUGACUAUUGUGCCACAAGUGGUGAUCAGUCCACUUUUUGCGAAUCCCUGAAAUCUUAUGCCACAGCAUGCCAAGUUGAAGGAGUGGAACUCUCUAGCUGGCAAAUUGGCACAGCAUGUGAUUUCUCAACUGUAGUUCCAACAAAUCCAGGCACUACAUCUCCAAACAUCAACUCCUGUCCCCUUGACUGCAGUUUUGACACAAGUAUCUGUGGAUGGGAGCAGCUCAUUCAAGACAGUUUUGACUGGACAAGACAUUCUGGAUCUACACCAUCAAAUUUCACAGGACCAAACCAGGACCACACCACAGGAGCUGGUUAUUACAUGUACCUUGAGGGAGAUGAUGUAACCCAUGGAGAUUCUGCUCGACUGUUGAGCCAAUCAUGCCAGCUUGAUGGCCCGAUCUGCUUUCACUUCUGGUACUACAUGCUUGGUUCAGCCACCAGUAUGGUUCUGAAUGUCUAUCAACUCCAAGGUAAUAAGGCUACAAAGGUUUGGGGUAUAAUCGACAACAAAGGAUCUGAGUGGCAAUUGGGGAAAGCUGACCUGAAAAUAUCUGGUCCAUUCAAGUUAAUAAUUGAGGGAAUUCGAGGCUCCACUGCUCAGUCAGACCUGGCUAUAGAUGACAUUGCUAUUACUUCUGGAUCAUGCUUGGAUGCCUUCCCCAAUGUAACUGGAACUGCACUACCUUUCAGAACUACAAAAUCACACCAAAUCUGCAAUUUUGACUGUAGCUUCCAGAACGGCUUAUGCACUUGGCGGCAGAUGAUCACUGACGCAUUUGAUUGGGAAAGGAACUAUGGCUCCACCCCUACUGAGAUGACUGGUCCCUCUAGCGACCACACUGGUGAUGGCCACUACAUCUAUAUUGAGUCUACGAACGUGACAUAUGGUGACACAGCUCGUCUUAUCAGCUCCCAGUGUGCAAACACUGGUCCUCAGUGUCUGCAGUUCUGGUACCAUAUGUAUGGAUCAGCAGACAGAAUGGGCCUCAAUAUUUACCUUUUUGAGAACAACGUAGCUAAGGCAGUCUGGAAUGAGAUGAACAACCAUGGCAAUAUGUGGCACUUGGCCCAGGUUGAUCUAAACACAACUGCAGUGUUUCAGAUUAUCUUUGAGGGACAGAGGGGUUCCAAUGAUCAAUCAGAUGUGGCCAUAGAUGAUAUUACACUGCACCAAGGAAGAUGUUCAGAUCUGAGUGGCAUAGGUACAGUUCUUCCUGCUAAAUCUGAAUUUAAAAUGACAUCCAGCCCAAGUGUCAAUUCACCCACCAUGAUGGCUUCAGAACCCACAAUAGGAAAUGUUACAGCGCCCCCCCGUGUCACUUCUCUUGGCACAACAGAUCUGGAGGCCCCCAUGCUGAAUGGCACAGCCGAGGUACCAACACUGAAUGUUGUGCCUCGUACAAUUAAACUAAUUACCAUCAAUAUGGAGAAUACAACUAAAACUCCUGAUCAAGCCAAACACCCAGUAUGCCAUCUUGACUGUGACUUUGAAAAAGAUUUUUGCCAAUGGAGUCAGAUGCUCCCUGAUGUGUUUGACUGGGAAAGGCGUAAUGGUUCUACCCCUACACUGAUCACUGGUCCCCUCUCAGAUCACACCACAGGAGAUGGCCACUAUCUCCACAUUGACGCGAGCAUGGCAUCACUAGGGGACACUGCUCGUCUUAUUGGCACAGAAUGUUCAGACACUGGCCCACAAUGUCUAACAUUCUGGUAUCGUAUGUCUGGCUCUGACACAAUGGGUCUUCAUGUAUACCUGCUUCAAGACAAACAGGCUACUAUCUUAUGGAGAAGAAGAAAUGACCAAGGAAAUGUGUGGCAUCUUGCUCAGGUGGACCUGGUGGGAAAUGGGACAUUUCAGAUCAUUUUUGAGGGCCGAAAUGGCACCACUGAAUCUGGUGUAGCUUUGGAUGACAUAAAACUUCAUCGUGGAGGCUGCCAAGAUUUGGUCAACCCAGCAACUGUGGCACCAGAGACCUGGACUACAACAAAUGCCCCUGAGGUUCCAGCACCCUCCAAUGAGACUGGAUUGCAUACUCCAACUACACAAAGCAAUGCUACUGCUAGACCACCGGUUCCAGCUACAACCAGCUCAGCACCCUCCAAUGAGACAAGGCCACAACCUUCACCCACAGGUGGGCCUCAUCCCCCAACUGCGCAAGGCAAUGCUACUGCUGGGCCCCAUGUUCCAGCUACAACCAAUGCAGCACCCACCAAUGAGACUGGGCCACAUCCCCCAACUGCACAAGGCAAUGCUACUACUGGGCCCCAGUUUCCAGCUCCAACCAACCAAGGACCCUCCAAUGAGACUGAACCCCAGCUUUCACCCACAGGUGGACCACAUCCCCCAACUGCACAAGGCAAUGCUACUGCUGGGCCCCAGGUUCCAGCUCCUACCAACCAAGCACCCUCCAAUGAGACUGAACCCCAGCCUUCACCCACAGGUGGACCACAUCCUACAACUGCACAAGGCAAUGCUACUGCUGGGCCCCAGGUUCCAGCUCCAACCAACCAAGCACCCUCCAAUGAGACUGAACCCCAGCCUUCACCCACAGGUGGACCACAUCCUACAACUGCACAAGGCAAUGCUACUGCUUGGCCCCAUGUUCCAGCUACAACCAAUGCAGCACCCACCAAUGAGACUGGGCCACAUCCCCCAACUGCACAAGGCAAUGCUACUACUGGGCCCCAGUUUCCAGCUCCAACCAACCAAGGACCCUCCAAUGAGACUGAACCCCAGCUUUCACCCACAGGUGGACCACAUCCUACAACUGCACAAGGCAAUGCUACUGCUGGGCCCCAGGUUCCAGCUCCAACCAACCAAGCACCCUCCAAUGAGACUGAACCCCAGCCUUCACCCACAGGUGGACCACAUCCUACAACUGCACAAGGCAAUGCUACUGCUUGGCCCCAGGUUCCAGCUCCAACCAACCAAGCACCCUCAAAUGAGACUGAACCCCAGCCUUUACCCACAGGUGGGCCACAUCCUACAACUGCACAAGGCAAUGCCACUGUUUGGCCUAAAUUUCCAGCUCCAACCAACCCAGCACCUUCCCCAGAGACCAGUUUACAGCCUCCAAAUUCAACUACAUCACAAACACCUAAAACUCCACCCACAAGUGAACCACAAGUACCAACAUUGAGGCCGGACCUUUCCAUUAAUCCUACAAUGAGACCCCAACAAAUUGUUCCACAACCAGAAACGCCACAUGUUUCAACACCCUCUUGUGCAGAAAACAGUCACUACACUACUUGCAUUCCUGCAUGCAGCCCUACAUGCGAAAACCUGACUGGUCCACCACACUGCAGUUCAGAGAUUUCUUGUGCAUCAGGAUGUGUAUGUGAUGAUGGCUUUGUACAAAAAGGGAGUGUUUGUGUGCCUGUCCAAAAAUGUGGAUGUAUUGACAGGAAUGGUGAAACUCACCAGUUCAAUGAAGUAUGGUACACCAGUCACUGCAGGCAGAAAUGUGAGUGUGAAGAAGAUGCCGGUGAGGGAAAGACUGACUGCAAAGACAAAGAUGGGUGUGAAGAUGAUGCUGUGUGCCUUCAACUUGAAACGGGCAAAUAUUAUUGCAAGUCUACAGACUUUGGUGAAUGCGUCAUCCAGGGAGACCCACAGUACAAAACAUUUGAUAAACUGAAACAUAAUUUUAGUGGGACCAACUUGUAUGUGCUGGUGAGAACCAAAAAUUUGCCAAAGAAUCUCCCAGAAAUCUAUAUAGAGAGCACAAAUGCAUGCGCUGACAGCAGUGAGGAAAUGGAGAGAAGUGAAAUCAGUGGAGAUGAUGAUGAUGUUGAUGAGGAGCACAAACGAAUAUUGCAGGAGCUUAAAGUUAAAGUCUACAAUCACACCGUAGAACUUAAGCACAAGAGGAAAGUGUUUGUGGAUGGACAAAAAAUUAAAGCUUCAGGUUCAGCAGCUCCUGGCCUUGAGAUCCAAAUGCAUUCUUCUCGUAUCUACCUAAAGACAGAUUUUGGUCUGUCUGUGGGGUUCAAUGGACACUGUAAAACUGAUAUCAUUCUGCCGUUCCUUUAUAAAAGGAGAGUGGAAGGCUUGUGUGGAAACUUUGAUGGCCGAAAGACGAAUGACAAAGUGAAACCAGAUGGAACUAUUGCCAAGAAUACACAAGAGUUUGGCGAAAGCUGGAGAGUGUAUAUCUAAGACUACAUUUUCAUGUUUCAUCUCUAACAUUGUAAAAACAUCCUUGGAGGUAGUGUGGUACUUGCCUUUAAAUUUUCAAACUGGCUUUGCUCUGAGUGUUCCAGUUUUCUUUGAAUCAAUGUUUAUCUGCAACUUGAUCUCGUGGUCAUUUGUAAAAGUUUGUGGUUCGUGCUGUUAAAAUACUGUGAUUUGAAUUAGUCAUAGAGUAUAAAUGCAAGAAACAUGAAUAUGUCAAUACAACUAAAUGUACAGUAAUGUAUAUUUCAGAUGCAGUAUGCUUAUUUCUGACACUUCAGUUUAAUAAACUCAGAUGAAACGAU